CGCGCGACGCGCUCCCCCUGCCCCAACGCGUCCGCCCUACGCGAUGAAAGUGGUCGUCACCGGCGGCUGCGGCUUCCUGGGGCUCCAGGUGGCCAAGCGCCUCCUCGCCAUCGGCGAGCUGACAUCUGCAGAUGACCAGAAACAGGAAGUGCGGGAGGUGGUGCUUUUCGACUCAGGCACUGCCAAGGAUCUGCCCAAGGACCCCCGCCUGCGUGUGCAGCCCGGGGACAUCACGGAUCCCGCCCAGUGCGAGAAGCUGGUUGACGAGGACGGGAUGGUGGUCUUUCACCUGGCCUCAGUGAUGAGCGGCCAGGGUGAGGAGGACUUCGAUCUCUGCUGGCGCGUCAAUAUGGAGGGCACCCGGAACCUCCUCGAGGCCUGCCGUCGACGACGAAACUCCAAGUUCAUCUUCGCUUCCUCCGGCGCGUGCUUCGGCGAGCGUGCUGCGGGCCCGGAGAGGGACGACACCAAGCUGCUGCCACGCACCAGCUACGGCAUGACGAAGGCCUGUUGCGAGUUGAUGAUCAACGACUACACCCGGCGGAAUUUUCUGGAUGGGCGCACCGCGCGGCUGCCCACCGUGAUCCCCCGGCCGGAGGUGAACUCGGGGCUCCCGGGCGCCUUCUCCACAGUGAUCCGGGAGCCGCUGAAGGGCCAAAGCUGCGUUCUGAACCUCUCGCCGGACAUGAAGCAUGCCGUUUGCGGUUUCCGCGUCCUGGCAAGGAACUUGCUGCACCUUGCGGACCUGCCGCAAGCGGCGCUGUCGGAUUCCAUGGACCGGGCCAUGAACCUCCCAUGCCUCUCCCUGAGCCUGUCGGACCUGGAGCAGGCGGUGGCCAGCGUGGUGCAGGACACGGCGAAGCUGGGGAAGGUCAGCUACGCCCCGGACCCCGCGCUCUGCGAGAAGCUGGGCAGCUUCCACCGGGACAUGGACGCAACACGCGCCCGGCAGCUGGGCAUGGUGGCGGACAGCUCAGCAGCUGCCAUCGCGGCAGACUUCGCGGCAGAGUAUGUGGACGCUGCACUGCUCAAGCCCAUUGUCGAGCUGCCACAAGAGCCCAGGCAUUGGCUCGUCUUCUCCAAUAGCCACCUGCGCGUGUUCCGAGUGGAAAACGCGCCUGGAGACACAACCCUGAUGCACGUGCACCGCGUGGAUAGCCUGUACUUCUUCUACACUCCCUCCAGUGUGCAAAACACCAAGUGGCAGGAGGCACCGAUGGACGACCUGCUACAGGUCGGGGAGGUGCGGUACGGGGACCACGGCAACUGCACGCUGACACACCGGAUCCACAACAAGGCCCGGCCUCUGAUGAUGUGCUUGGACGUGGAGCUCGCAGGCUUCGAGGCCGUGCGCCACGCCAAGCGCCAGAAGACGGAGCCGCCCUCUGUGGCUGGCUUGAAGCUCAUCAAGGAGCGGCCGGCGGCGCGAGUCUACAAGCUCAGUCUGGAUGCAGGAGCGAAAGGCAGCUUUGCGCUGCCCUUCCAACGCAUGCUUCUCCUGGUGCACAAGGGCGCGCGGGUCACUGGCCUAGGCAGAGGCCUCUUGAAGCCUGGGGACGUCUUCUUCCAGGAGGGUCCUAUGGAGCUGACCCUGGAGGUGAUCGGCAGUCGUCACGCCUUGUCCCUGUGGUUGGUGGAGCUCCUGUACUGAGUCGGUGUCAGACACGGCGCAGACAACGUCAGGAGAGU